AGCUUAACCACCACCAUGCGUCUCUCUAAACGCCAACUUUCUCUUCCUUUUUCUCUCUGUGUCUCUACUUUCUCUCCUCGUUUCCGUUUCCAUCAUUUUCCCGGAAAAUUUCCAGCUCCUCGUAGAGAAUUUCUCCACACCACUGGGACAAGCCAGCUGUAUUUUAAGAGUUCGAUGGAAGAUCAGAAACCGACUGCUCUCAGUGAAAAUGUGUUGCAGUUUCACACUGUGGGCUCCAGGGAUGGAUGCGAAGUUCCUCAUAAAUGGUCCUCCCCGGAAGGAGGAAAGAAAAUUGAUAUAAGCAAUCAGAUUUUCUGCAAUAGAUCGUUGAAUAUGAAAAAUAUCAUUGCCGUAGGCUUUGAUAUGGACUACACUCUUGCUCAAUACAAGUCCGAAACUUUCGAGUCCCUUGCUUAUGAAGGAACUGUCAGGAAAUUGGUUUAUGAUUUGGGGUAUCCAAAUGAGCUGCUAGAGUGGACAUUUGAUUGGAAUUACAUGGUUAGAGGCUUGGUGCUUGACAAAAAGAGGGGAAACAUCUUAAAGAUGGACCGCCAUAAAUAUGUGAAAGUGGCUUACCAUGGGUUUAGGGAGCUCUCUAAGGAAGACAAAGUUGACAUCUACGGAAGCAGCCUAGUACGAGAUUCUUUUGAUGAACCCGACUACGCUCUCAUAGAUACUCUCUUUUCACUGGCCGAAGCCUAUUUGUUCGCUCAACUCGUUGAUUUUAAAGAUAAUAACCCAGAAAAGGUUCCCAAGGACGUUGAUUAUGCUCGGAUGUACAAAGAUGUUCGUGCUGCUGUUGAUUUGUGCCACCGCGACGGAACUUUAAAGCAGAUGGUGGCAAAAGAACCUAAUAGGUAUAUCAAUGAGGAUACCACGAUAGUACCCCUCAUUAAAAUGAUCAGAGAUUCUGGACGUUCUACAUUCUUGGUGACCAAUAGUUUGUGGGACUACACAAAUAUUGUAAUGAACUUUCUCUGUGGAGGGCGCACGGUACAUGGUCCGCAUACGUGCAACUUUGAUUGGCUCCAGUAUUUUGAUGUUGUGAUCACUGGCAGUGCAAAACCUGGUUUCUUCCAUGAAGAGAGCCGUGCUAACCUUUUUGAGGUGGAACCUCAGUCUGGAAUGCUUAUUAAUACUGACAAUGGAACACCUAUGGCUCAGGUGGGAGAUCCUUCACCAAAAAUUUUACUGAAGAGUAAAGAUAAAGGUUGUCGAGUUUUUCAAGGUGGAAAUGUCGGGCAUCUUCACAGUUUGCUCUCAAUUGAGUCAAGUUCACAGGUACUUUAUGUUGGUGAUCAUAUAUACGGUGACAUCUUGCGCAGCAAAAAAGUACUUGGCUGGAGAACUAUGCUUGUAGUUCCAGAAUUAGAAAAAGAGGUUGAACUUUUAUGGGAACUGAGGAAUAUGCGUAAGGAACUUAUUUUGAUGAGAAAUGAGCGUGAUUCAGUUGAAGACAAAAUUCACCACUUGAAUUGGUCCCUAAAGUUUGAGGAUAUCAACGAGAAUGAUAAGCAGGAAAUGUUAUCAGCGCUCAAGGACUUAGAGUCCAAAAGAGAUCAAGUAAGACUGAGUCAUCAACAAGCUCAAAGAGAAUGUCACCAAAAGUUUCACAAGGUCUGGGGGCAACUGAUGAAAACAGGCUACCAGGGUUCUCGAUUUGCUCACCAGGUAGAGAGAUUUGCAUGCCUAUACACAAGCCAAGUCUCAAACCUACGCUUGUACUCACCAGACAAGUAUUACAGACCCAGUGAAGACUUCAUGUCCCAUGAAUUUCACCUUCUUCCUCUGUGAUUCAUCCCAAUGACCUCUAUAGCAGUGAGAGUAAAUCAAGUAAUGGUCUGGUUUGGUGCUUAUUCGUUGUGUCUAUAAACGUUCUUAGUUUUU